CUCUGGCUGCACCCCUGCACCUGCUCGUUAUGCUGUCGUCGGCCAUGGACGCAUCGCCCCGGAACCAUGCGAGCGGUGGCGGGCGUGGCGACGGCUAUGGUGACGAGCAGCCGCACGUCCUUGUCGUGCCGUACCCAGCGCAGGGGCACAUGCUCCCGCUCCUCGACCUCGUCGCGCUGCUGGCCGCGCGCGGCCUGGCGCUCACCGUCGCCGUCACGCCCGGGAACGUCCCGCUCCUCGCGCCGCUGCUGGCGGCGUGCCCGCCGUCGUCGUCGGUCGCCACGGUCAUGCUGCCUUUCCCUUCGUCGCCGGGGAUCCUCCCGGCCGGGUGUGGUGAGAACACCAAGGACCUGCCGGCCCACCUCUUCCGGCCGCUCAUGGUCUCCCUCGCUGCGCUCCGCGAGCCGUUGCUCGCUUGGUGCAAGGCGCAGCGCCGCCGGGUCACGGCCGUCGUCUCCGACAUGUUUACGGGGUGGACGCAGCCGCUCGCGGCGGAGCUCGGCGUGCCGCACGUGACGUUCUCGGGCUCCGGUGCUCAUUACCUCGCCGUGUCGCACUCUCUCUGGCGCCGCAUGCCAAGAAGGCACAGCCCCGACGACGCCGACGAGGCGGUCGCCUUCCCGGACGUGCCUGGCUCGCCUAGCUUCCCGUGGCGCCACCUGUCGUGGCUCUUCCGGCAGUACGUCGCCGGUGACGAGGUCUCCGAGGCGAUCCGGCAGAUCUUCCUGUGGAAUCUGAAGAGCUCGUGCUUCGUCGCCAACUCCUUCACGGCGAUCGAGGCCGCGUACGUUGAGCGCCCGCUCCACGACCUGAUGGAGAAGAAGGUGUUCGCGGUGGGCCCGCUGUCAGACGCCGUGGACCGGUGCGCCGACCGUGGCGGGAAACCGGUGGUGUCGCCGGCGUGCGUCGCCGCGUGGCUGGACGCGUUCGACGACGGCUCCGUCCUGUACGUCAGCUUCGGGACGCAGCAAGUGCUGUCGCCGGCGCAGGCAGCGCGGCUGGCCGACGCGCUGGCACAGAGCGCGGAGCCGUUCAUCUGGGCGGCGAGGAGCGGCACCGCCGUGCCGGAAGGGUUCGAGGCGGCGACAGCGGGCCGUGGCAUGGUCAUCCACGGGUGGGCUCCGCAGGUGGAGAUCCUGCGCCACCGCGCCGUCGGUUGGUUCCUGACGCACUGCGGCUGGAACUCGGUGCUCGAGGCGGUCGCCUCCAGCGUGGCAAUGCUCACCUGGCCGAUGAGCGCUGACCAGUUCACCAACGCGUGGCUGCUCGCGGAGACCGGCGUGGCCGUGCCGGUGGCGGAGGGCGCUGACGUCGUGCCCGACGCCGGACAGAUGGCCAGCGCUAUAGCCUUGGCCGUCGGGAAGGGCGGGACGUCGGUGAGGGAGCGCGCGGCGGAGCUCGGCCGGAGCACGGCGGCGGCGGUGGGGGAGGGUGGGAGUUCUUACAGAGAUUUGGAAGGGUUGGUGCGUAUACUAUUUCAGUAGUGGUAGGAAGCUGUAUAUUUUAUGUUUUGGAAAUGACUCAAACAAUAUUGAAUAGUUAAUGUUUUUUAUUCAAACUAGUACCAGUAGUCCAGUACUACUACUCAUAGGAGUAUGUUAUUUCAAAUUUAUUAAG